AUGAGGUGGGCGGCGUUCCUGUGGGAGGGCGCGUCCCGGGGGUCCGGCCGCCGCCCGGGGGUCUCCAACCUCCUCCUCGUCGUCGCAGCCGCCAGUAGCGGAGGCCUUGUCGCAUAUGCUGACUCCGGAUCAGAUGCUGCUGUUGAGAAGCCGCAACUUCCUCCAAGGAAAAAAGUCGUGGUGCUUGGGACUGGUUGGGGUGGCACCACAUUCCUGAGGAACCUCGAUAGCAGAUUCUAUGAUGUGCAGGUUAUAUCUCCUCGGAACUACUUUGCGUUUACGCCACUGCUGCCGAGUGUCACUUCUGGAACAGUUGAGCCUAGGAGCAUUGUUGAGCCAAUCCGUAGGAUCUUGGAGAAGAAAGGUGGAGAAAUCAAAUUUUGGGAAGCAGAGUGCUUCAAGGUUGAUCCACAAAGCAAGAAAAUCCAUUGUCGCUCGAAUGUUGGGACAAAUCUUGAGGGGAAUGGCGAGUUCUCGGUUGACUAUGACUAUCUCGUGAUAGCAGUUGGAGCUAGGACAAAUACAUUCAAUACUCCUGGCGUGGUAGAGAAUUGCCACUUCUUGAAGGAAGUAGAGGAUGCUCAAAAGAUCAGACGGAGUGUGAUGGACUGCUUUGAGAGAGCAAGCCUCCCCUUCCUGAAUGAAGAAGAGAGGAAGAAGAAUCUUCAUUUCGUUGUUGUGGGUGGUGGACCUACUGGAGUGGAAUUUGCAGCGUCUUUGCAUGAUUUUGUUACCAAAGAUUUAUCCAAGCUUUAUCCCUCGAUUCAGCACCUUGUGAAGAUAUCAUUGAUUGAAGCUGCAGAUCACAUACUGACCAUGUUUGACAACAGGAUAACUAACUUUGCUGAGGAUAAGUUUGGAAGGGAUGGCAUUGAUGUGAAAACUGGAUAUAAAGUUGUGAAGGUUUCUAAGGAUGCUAUUACCAUGCAAAAUCCUGCCACUGGGGAUAUUUCAGUUCCUUAUGGGAUGGCUGUCUGGUCCACUGGUAUUGGGACUCGUCCAUUCGUUGUGGAAUUUAUGAAACAAAUUGGCCAGGCCAAUCGGCGUGUCUUAGCUACUGAUGAAUGGCUAAGGGUCCGUGAAUGUGAUGGUGUCUAUGCUAUAGGUGACUGUGCUACAAUAAACCAGAGGAAAGUAAUGGAGGACAUUUCAGAAAUAUUCAGAGUUGCAGAUAAAGACAAGUCUGGAACCUUGACUGUGAAAGAAAUUCAAGAUAUCCUGCAUGAUAUCUACGUGAGAUACCCGCAAGUACAGCUCUACCUUAAGAGCAAGCAGAUGAACGGCAUCGCUGAUCUAGUAAGGAGUGCCAAAGGAGAUGCUGAAAAGGAAUCCAUGGAACUGAACAUCGAGGAAUUCAAGAAGGCUCUUGCACUCGUGGAUUCACAAGUCAAGUUCUUACCUGCAACUGCUCAGGUCGCGUCGCAGCAGGGCCAAUAUCUUGCUAGGUGCUUUAAUAAGAUGAAGGAUGCUGAAGAAAACCCUGAAGGUCCAAUCCGCAUCAGGGGAGAAGGCCGCCAUCGCUUCCGCCCUUUCAGGUACCGGCAUCUGGGCCAAUUCGCCCCACUAGGAGGGGAGCAAACUGCUGCACAACUUCCUGGGGACUGGAUCUCCAUUGGCCACAGCACCCAGUGGCUCUGGUACUCCGUGUACGCAACCAAACAAAUCAGCUGGCGCACGAGGAUGCUGGUGGUAUCUGACUGGACGCGCCGAUUCAUUUUCGGAAGAGACUCGAGUUGCAUAUAA